AAUUAGCUAUUCAUGAUUAUAAAUGUUAAUUAAGAAUUUAAGAGCCCGUUGUUAAUUGGACCCAGUCCAAACUCUCAAGUUUUUUGUUUCAUCCGAAUUCAACUCCCGCUUGCCAUCACACAAAACCCAGGUAAACACAAAAAAAAGGGAAGAACUUGAUUUUGGAGGUGAACUUUGCUUUGAUUUUCAUCUGCAAUUUGAAUGGUCCUAAUGAUAAUAAAAGGGCUCUUCAGGAGGUAUGAGAGAUGGAAUCCUGUGCAUCCAACCCAUGGAGCCUUUUGGGGAAUGGGAGUAGGGAUUGGUUGCGGUGUGGGUUGGGGUCCUGGUUUUGGACCUGAGGUGAUUGGAUAUGUCGGUUCCGGAUGUGGUAUUGGAUUUAGUGUCGGUAUUACUCUAGUUGGUUUUGGCAUUGGCCUUCCUGUAUAUACUCUCAACAAUGCUCCUAAAGUUUUAAUAGCCACAAGAAGCAAUGCUUGGGACAUUCCAUCUCAGUUUCGGAGAUUGCAACAGAAGGCAAAUGACAGCUUUUCAUUAUUGAAGGACUUAGAUAUAUUGAAAGGGACAGAUAAAUUCGAUGUCGAAAAUGCAAUAUCUUCACAGAGAAAGACUAUUUCUGAAAGUUCUGAAGUAUUGAAGAAAAAAAAUUCUGAAUCUGGUAAAGAUAUCAAAGAUUGAUACUAGUGAGGUUAGACCAUGGCAUGCAAAAGCUACAUAUGAAGAACAUAUUGCGCUUUUGGCAUCAUCUUCGUAGGUUUGAGUACGGAAAAUCCACAUCGUAAAUCAGGGUCAUCAGGUCUGACAUGCUGAUAUCAAGGACGGAGCUUUGUGAAGCUGAGCUAUGGACCUACGGUGAAGCAAAAACUAAUAUGAAGAGCAUAUUGAGAUUUUGGGAUUACCUUCAGAAUUUUAGUAUGACAUACACAGCUACAUUGUGGAUCAUGUCCAUUAUAUCACCUCCAAUUCCAGUAUUCAAAUUCUUGGUAUUCAUGUGUGAUAAUGUAGAGCUGAAGUUUCUCUUUUGACAGUUUCAUGUAAUUUACAAGUAUUGCUGUUGCUGUCAAUAGAGAGAGGGAGACUGUACAAUUCCCAUUGGCCAUUUUGAUAAAUGACACCAGUAUGUAGGAUCUAGCAAUUUUCCAACCUCUUGAAUUUAUGUGGUACAGCUGUAAAGAACUAAAGAACCUUUGAGCAGCCUCGUAGCAAGCAGCAGUUGAAGAGGUUAUGGGCCAUAAUUUGAAGGUGCGUUCAUAGCCAGCAGUAUCAAUAGAUGAUUUAGUAUUUGCUGACAUCUAAUGAUGGGCACUCAUGACCACUGAGAAGACUGAACUCUUGGAGGGCCAUAGCCUGGUGGUAGUGGUAUCAUGGAAAGCAGUCACGAGGUAAUACCCUGACUUUUCUCUCUCAAAAAGAAAGGUAAUGCCCUACUUCAGGCUCGAACUUGACUUGGGUAAUACGGAGUACCAUAAUAGCCCUUGAGAAACUCACUCCAAGAACGUCAUAACCGCACAAAAACUUAAGGGGGGAAUCAAGGAUCUUUCUUUCCUGUCCUAAAGUCCCAAAGUCUGACAGCGAUUUUUUGGUACCAGAUGCUGCGGAAGGUCAGUAUCAGGGUGGGAAAAAAUGACAUAGAUAAUAGAUUUCCUUGUUUAUCCCCACCGUGCUAUAACAAUUGAUCCAAUAUGGAUGCCCCACAGGCCACAACCUCUAGGUUCGUCAAAGCUAGCUGUGUCCAAGUGUUUACUGAAAGAUGCAAGGCGAUGCGAGCAAGGCAGUUGUCAUAGCAAUGUCACUAAGAAAAGGCCACAACUUUGGCAAACGUUGUGUUCCUUCGACAUUUUUUACCUGUUCACCACCUAAAUCUGAUAACUGCUCUUGACACUAGCAGUAUAUAUUAGUUGGUACAUAGCAGGGCGAGUUUAGGGUCUCCCUCAUACGACCCCCAAAAUUCCAAUUAAUAUUGAAGUGCCACUUUCUACUCCAGCACCUUGGUGAAAUGAAGCUCAUAUGAUUUCAUGAACUUGGAUUAUAAUUGAACUUACAAACUCUUAAAAAAAGUUUAUAAAAUUUUCACACCCUCUACUUCAUAGUUCGUACACUUCUUCUAUGUGAAUGUGACCGAUGAGAUAAUAGCAGGAUUUGAGUUUGAAUUCAAUGUUCUACAACUUUAUGCUACAAAAUUGCACCAUAUAUGUCAUAUGAAUAUUUGCCAACUUGGGGACAACUCUACUAGUCAUUGUUAGUCCCCAAGUGUUUUUUCCGACUUUAAUGUGUGAUGUUAGAUAUUUUUGGACUUAUUCUAUUCACCUUAUUUUCACUUAUUUCAAGUCUAAUAAGUUCAAAUAAGUUUAUUUAGGUUCGGAUAAGUUAAGUUAGGAAAAAUAAGUUUUGAUAAGGGUUACUCAAGAACAAAAUACAACUGAUAAUAAGUUCAGAUUAGUGAAAAUUAGACACUGCAUAUAAAUUUUUUUCUUGUCUACAUCACUCUCCUUCGUGGUCCAGCCAUUCUUUUGACCCGCUAAGUCGCUAACAAAAAAGAGUACGGGAACGGGACACACCUAAAAGCUUCCCAUAUACGAGUACGUGAUGUAAUUGAAGGAGCAUCAAUAAUGAAUUGCUUCAUGGCGUGGAAACCCAGCGUUGAUCCGCGCCUGGCGUUAUGAAUCUGCGCCUUUUCUUCUUGUUGUUAUUUUAUUCCCCCAUUAAUUUAACACAAUUUUGAAGAACAAAUCCACCCAAUUAUACUUCAACUUUUCCCCUAAAUAAAAUAUAACACCAACUGAAAACAAGUGACAUUCUUUCUAAAAAAUCUCCUUUUUUUCUCAAUUUUCAAACCCAGAAAAUCAUUACUUACUCUCACUCAACUCUCAUACAUACACAGUUACACACUAGAUUUCUCUUUCAUGUCCUUUUGAUUUAUGCCCGAUUAAAGUUUUUUUUUUUUUUUUGGAGCCAUGAGUCUCUUCGGUCUUGGCAGG